AUGCAAUUCAUUCAAGAAUCUACGAAUGAAUUCAAUAAGUUAUUGGUAGCGACUAUUCACAAAGGUGAUGUUACUUCACUAAAAAUACAAUUAUUAUCAGAAUCAAAUCCUGAUCUGUAUUUAAAUCAAAUAUAUGAUGAACCACAUGAACAAAAAUGUACUCUACUUAUGAUAGCUUGUUUAAAUGGAAACGAAGAUAUGGUGUAUAUGUUACUUAAUUGUUUUAAACCUAAUCUUGAAAUAUUAAAUGUUAUACGAAUCAAUAAUGACGGUGAAUCAUCAACAACAUACAAAAAUGUUACAGUUUUAUGGGCAGCAGCAUCAAUGAAUCAUUUAAGAAUUGUAAAACAACUUGUUGAACAUGGAGCUAAUGUUAAUCAUACAACCAAUAUGAAUUCAACACCGAUACGUUGUGCUUGUUAUCAUGGUAAUGUAAAAAUGGCUCGUUAUUUGAUAGAGAAAGGUGCUAAUAUAAAAACUGCUAAAAAGAAAAAUGAUACAAAUCUUUCUCUGAGUAUAUAUCGUAAACAUCUGACAAUGACUUAUUAUCUUGUCGAUGAAUUAGGCUGUGAUGUUAAUGAAUGUGAUAAUGAUGGUUAUUCACCACUUUACUUCGCAGUAAAAUGUCAAUCAAUUCUACUAGUUCACUUUUUACUUAGUCGUGGAGCUCGUAAUUUCCCAUCAACUAUUGAUCAUAUGUCUCCGCUUAUGUUGGCUGCCGAAGAAAGAUGUACUAAGCUUAUCGAGGCAAUAGGUCCUUACUGUUCAUUACUUGAACGAAUCGAAGCCGAAGAACUACUUGGCAGUUCUUUUGCUUGUGCAGAACAUGGGCAAUGUGAUCUUCAACAAUCAUUUGAACAUUUCUGUCGAGCACUAGAACUAAGAUCUAUUCAUAAUCUUCCGAAACUUCCAAUAAAUUUAACUAGAGAAAUAUUCAAUUAUCGACAAGAAUGUCAGACAAUCGAUCAACUCAAAGAAUUGCAAGUAAACUUAGAUAAUAUGUUGACGGAAGCAUUUCUCGUACGCGAACGUUUACUUGGUCCAACAAGUGAAUCAUAUCAUUAUUCAAUUAUCUAUCGUGGAGCUACUCUUGCUGAUGAUGCACAAUAUGAACAAGCAAUUAAUUUUUGGCUCUUUGACCUUGAAUUGCAUCGAGAAUAUUCUACUUCCAUUGAUUCAUACCGUUUACGUCAAUUUUCAUCGAUCUUUUCUGAAAUGAUUACUGGAGUAUUUCCUAUAUCGAUUAAUGCAAUUCUAACAUUGAUGUCUGCAGUAGUUACAGAACUAAAACAUAAUACCAAAGGAUUUGAUGAAAAUCUACAUACUGUACUUUACUUAAUAACUAUCAUCAGUCAGCCUUCGAUAGACGUAUGCAUUUCUUCUACUCAUCGCAAAAUAUUCAAUCAACUUCUUCAAUCUAUUAAUAAAAAUCGAUACGUUGUAAGUAAUUCUGGCUCGUCGCUAUUACACUUAUGUCUUAGUGAUACUACUUCGAUUUUUAAAGGUCCCUGCAAAUAUCCAUGUGUACAUACUGUUCGAACUCUUUUGAAAUGCGGUGCAGAUGUAAAUGCAAUGAAUUUUGUACGAGAUACGCCUCUACACAUAGUUGUUUGUAACAGCAGUGAUUGUGAUGAAACUAUAUUUCAAGUUCUGUGCGAUGCUGGUGCUCAUCUAGAUUAUAUGAAUGCUUUACGUAAAAUGCCUAUCGACAUUGUAUUAAAUCCGAAUACUAAACGAUUAGUUAAGGAUAAAAUGAAACUUAAUCUGAAAUGUUUAUGUGCGCGGUUGAUUCAAAAAAAUGCAAUACCAUUUCAUGGAAGAAUUUGUACUUCUCUUAUAAAUUUUGUUGAGAAACAUUGA